GCAUAUUGAUGCACAACUAAACGAACUAAAGCAAAUCUAUCUGUCUUGCUUAGCCCGUUUUAGUGAAUAUAACAGUUCGCCUUGUUUUCUCUACGUUGCUUCGGCUGAUUCAUUUUUUUACGUUAGAAUUUAGAAUUGAAUUGACAGCGACCUACGAAGCAGUUAGCAGUUCCCAGUCCAAGUUAACAGACCUUAUUUGAAAUACAAGAUGCAGAAAGAUUUGGUCAAGUCCGCUAAAGUCCAAAUGUUGAGAUCUUCUGUGAACCAGAGACUGACUGCUGCUGCCGAGGAGAUAUUUGAGCUGUUUGAAAGAACGAACGCAGAAUAUGAGGAACAACUUAGAUCCAAAGAGGAAAACGGGCGACAACAAAAACUACAGAAUGCUGUCAUCAGACCUGAAGGUCAGUCAUACAGAGCAGACAUCCAGCAGCUGAUGGUGAGAAAUGAGGAGGUUCCCCCCAAGCAGCAGGAGAGGAGCUCCAGUUUGAACCAGGAGAUUACCGGGCCUCCACUGAUUAUAGCUGAGCCUCAGGAACUGUGGAUCAGUCAGGAAGGAGAGCAGCUUCAAGGCGCAGAGGAGACUGGUAUCAGCAGGUUUACACUGACUCCUGUGCCUGUGAAGAGAGAAGAAGAUGGAGUGAAACAUCAGUCCUCACAGUCUUGUCCAACCCAAACAGAAGAGCAUCUGAAAACAGAAGCUGUCGGAGAAAACUUUGAUCAAAACACUUAUUUACAACCAAUUACUCCUGGUGAGCCUGCUCUCUUUUCUGGAUCUGAUACUGACAACAGUGGUGAUUGGGAGAUGGAUGAUAAACCUCAGCAGCCACCACACAAACGCAACAAAACCCACACUGGAGAGAAUUCCCACAAUCAUGUUAUGCGCCACUCAAUAGAAAAACCCUUCGACUGCUCAGGUUGUAGGAGAAAUUUUAUCUGGAGAGCAGAGAUGGUGACGCAAAUGAAAAUCCGGACAGGAGAAAAAACUUUGAAAUGCUCAGUUUGUGGCAAAACUUUUUCUCAGCGUCUACAUUUAAAGCAACACUCGUUUGUCCACACAGGGGUGAAACCGUUUAGUUGCAAAGUUUGUGAUAAGAAAUUCACCCAGCAGGCCUACAUUAAAAAACACUUUUGUGCUGGCAACAAAACCAAAAAUAAAUGAAAACUAAAGAUUUAACAUCUAGGUUGAACAUCGCCUUUAAGGGCCUCGGGUAAAAUCGGCCGCUGUUUUUUAAUGUGAAGUGAAAACUAUAUUUUAAAAAUUUCCUCUACCAACACGCUUUGUUCGACAGCUGUGAGCUCCCUUAAUGUAAACAGGUUUUUUUCAUUUGUUUAACAAAUGUAUCUCUAAACUGACAAAUAAAGUCACAUACAGCACUUAGAUGCCACAGUUGUCAACAGAGUUGUUAAUUUCUGUUGUUCUGUUUGGGAACAGUUUAUUGCAUUAUUUUUGGCAUAAUAAACAUUUGAUUCAUUA